AUGCAAGCUUUCACCGCAAUCCCCCUCCUCGUCGACCCCCUUGAUCUCCCGCCCCGCCCCAAUCUCGAUGAUUCCGAUGACACUUGCCGCACCGGGCUAGUGCUCGACAUCCCUGCCGAUCUCGAGUUCACUUUUGACGACUUCGAUUUCAACUUCGACAUCAGCCUUCCAGAUCUCACCUAUAACCCCGCAUCCCCGAUGAGCCCCCUCAGCUCCGAUGGCAGCGACCUCGAGAGUGUCCUGGCGUCCCCAUCCACCAUCUACCAGUCAUCGCCCUUGGGCGUUGUGGACGACCCUGCCGUCUUCGACCACUGCUCGUUCCUCGACGACUUCAACUACGCCCAGUUUCAGGAGGUCGAGUACGCCGGGUCCUCCCCAUUCCCCAUCCUUCAUCCGUCCUUCGGUGUGUCGAUGCCUGACGGCCUCGAGUCAUCGUGCGCGCGGCAGGCUCCUACCGCGUGUAUGGUGCCCCGGGGCCCGUCGCAGGGCGUGGACAUGAACGACGCGAUGUUCGUGUCCAUGGACCCUUCGCCGCCACCUCCACAGGUCGCCCUCCCCACUCCGAUCCCCGUCAACAAGAGGAAGGAGGCCGAGGACGUCGCUGGGGUCGACGACACCGAUCCCUCUCCCCGGAAGCGUCCACGACGCUCUUCCAGCAAGGAAUUCCCAUGCGAAGACUGUCACCUAGUCUUCGACCGGCGGUCGAACAUGACAACCCAUGUGAACGACUGCCACAAGAACCUCCGUCCGUUCCCGUGCACGGUUUGUCCCUACAGGAGCAAGCGCAAGAGCGAUCUCGGACGGCACUUUCAGUCCUACCACACCAACAAGGGUUCCCCGCGCCGCAAGACGAAGGAGUAG